CACGUGUAGAGAACCGUUGAUCGUCAUGUAUCUGCUGUAGCAGAGCUCCGUGCUAGAUUUUGUUACUUGCCUCCAGUUGUCGCUGCACUUUGUUUUGACAGCUGCUUGUUUUCUUUUCCCAUACCUUUUUACCGAAGAAUGAGCGAAAACGAUGACAUCGAAGUCGACAGCGAUGCAGACAAGCGAGCACAUCACAAUGCGCUUGAGCGCAAACGCAGGGACCAUAUUAAAGACAGCUUUCACGGUUUACGAGAUUCUGUGCCUGCAUUACAAGGGGAGAAGAACUCUGUCAAACAGGCUUCCCGAGCACAGAUUCUAGACAAAGCCACUGAGUACAUCCAGUACAUGAGGCGAAAAAACCAUACCCACCAGCAAGACAUUGAUGACCUAAAGAAGCAGAACGCACUGUUGGAGCAGCAGGUUCGUGCACUGGAGAAGGCCAAGGGGAACAACCAGCUCCAGACAAGCUACUCUUCUGAUAGCAGCUUGUACACAAACCGUAAAGGGAGCGCAGUGUCUGCCUUUGACGGUGGGUCCGACUCCAGCUCUGAGUCAGAGCCAGACGAGCCACCCAACAGAAAGAAGCUACGCGUGGAGGCCAGCUAGACUUGCCGCCUCCCCCCCAAAUCCCGGUUCCCCAAAAAGACUCUUUUUGCCCACCAGCCCCGACUCCUCUUACCUGUCCACUCUCAGUCCCGCCUUCUUCCGCCAGACUGUGUGAGAGAGGUGCUAUUAUGUAUAAAACGCUUCUACCUUGCUUUUUCCUCUUGGCAAGCAUCCCGUCGCUCCUUUUGUGGCCCAGCAACAACUUUUUAAGACCCCCAAAUUGAGGCAGCUCUGCAGUUUUGAAGGACUUUAUGCUUUUCAAACAUCAUGAUAACUAUUCAUAAUCAAAUGUGGGGAUUACAAGGUAUGAGGCUUUGGUGAAGCUACAGAAAAUAAAAUGAUUUAUUUUUUUUGUUGGAGAUGUGAGACGCUACAAGCUUCGACAAAAUUGUAAUUAGUGAUAGUUUUACCUUUUUAAUAUUAAUCAUCAUUAAUCAAAUGGAUCCCUCUAUUUAUAGUGAAGCACCAAAAUUGAUUUCUCACCCUUAUAUCUGAUCUCCUUUAUGUUUGGCUUGAGAUUUUCCAGAGAACACAGGAGAAUAAACAAGUGGACCUGCUGUUUUAGUGGAUUUUCUGUAGGUUCAACUAUUUAUUUUCCUUUAUUUUUAUUAUUAAAUAAAAUGUGGGUAUAAAAAAAAAUCCCCUAAUGGAAACUGAAUGUUGCGCAAUGCAGUUAAAAGGGCAGUGACCUUUAUUUUUGUUAAUGGAAGUCCAUUUCGGUGUGUAGUAUAUAACACUGUAUACUCCUAAAUGGUGUCAGCUCUGCAAAGAAAAGCCUUCCCUUGAAAUAUUUGCCUGUGUUGGGAAUGUUUAUCUUUCCUUCCCUCCCCCUCUUUUUGCAGAGGUAAAUUAGUGUGUAUGUAAUCAAUAUUUGUUUGUUCCAUUCCAUGGAAAUUACAGGUAUGUUGUACAUACUGCCAACAGUUGUCUUGCAAGUUAAGGCAUACCUUUAUUAUGAGACUAUAAAUAAAACUAUUUUAUCCUUUUGGGAUGUA